AAUUACAGAAAUAUAAAUAUGGAAUUCCAAGGUGGAGAGCAAUCUGAUAAUGCCAAACUUGUUAAAGCUCAAAGCCACAUUUGGAAUCAUACUUUCAGUUUCAUAAACUCUAUGUCACUGAAAUGUGCUGUUGAAUUAGGCAUACCCGAUGCAAUACACAAUUACGGCAAACCCAUGCCCCAUUCACAACUCAUUGCUUCAUUGCCAAUUCAUCCGUCAAAAACCUCCUUCAUCCAUCGCUUGAUGAGAAUCUUGAUCCAUUCCGGCAUCUUCGUUACCGAAGAUGUCACCAAUAAUAAUAACGAGGUUGAAAUUGGGUAUGUUCUGACUGAUUCAUGUAUUUUCCUACUUAAGAACAACCCCUUCAGUGUGACAACUUUGAUUCUGAUGAACCUUGGUCCCACCGGGACAAAGCCAUGGCAUCAUUUGUCUGAUUGGUUCAAGAACGACGAUCUCACAGUAUUUGAGACUGCACAUGGAAUGACGUUUUGGGAGUAUAUUGACCGCGAGCCUGAAUAUCGCAAAUCCUUCAUUGACGGCAUGGCAAGUGAUGCUCGAGUUGUUAGUAGUCUGUUACUUGAUGAUAAGUGGAAGGGAGUGUUUGAGGGAUUGGAAUCGGUGGUUGAUGUUGGUGGAGGCACUGGAACUGUUGCAAAGGCCAUCGCCGAAUCAUUCCCAAAGUUGAAGUGCUCUGUAUUUGAUCUCCCAUGUGUUGUUGAUGGUUUGCAAGGAACUGACAACCUUAAAUACAUUGCAGGCGACAUGUUUGUUGAUCCUAUUCCUCCUUCUCAUGCAAUUUUGUUGAAGUGGAUUUUACAUGACUGGAACGAUGAGGAAUGUGUGAAAAUAUUAAAGAGAUGCAAGGAGGCAAUCAUGCACGAAGACAAAGGAGGGAAGGUCGUUAUUAUAGACAUGGUGGUGGAGGAUGAUAACAAGAAAGAUUAUGACCGAUCACUUGAAAGUCAGCUCUUCUCUGACAUGCUUAUGAUGGUGUUGUUCUCUGGAAAAGAGAGAAAUAAAAUAGAAUGGACUAACUUAAUUUUUUCUGCUGGUUUUACUCGCUAUAAAAUAACUCCCAUUCAUGGAUUAAUGUCUCUCAUUGAGAUCUAUCCAUAG